AGCGAUCCAAAGGGCGCAAACGAGGGAGCGGAGCGCUCGAGCCCCUCCGGCGGCGCUUGGCCAAUGUGGCCCCCACCUGCUUCCAGGAGCCCUCCCGCCCACACCUUGCCCUAGAGGAGCCUCUUCUCAGCCCCACUCUGGAGGGGAAAGAGGGCCCUGCCAGUUCCCUGGAGGAAUAAGCAGCCCCUGGACCACCAGGCCGGGGUGGGGAGCUUCACUCCAGGAUGACCGCCAAGGCGGUCGACAAAAUCCCCGUCACCCUCAGCGGGCUGGUGCACCUGCCCGAAGGCUUUUACCCCACGGAAGACGGAGCCGGCGUCCUACCGCCCUCAGUCAUCAGCUUUCCCAGCGUGGAUCUGGGCGGACCCUUUGACCAGCUGAGCGAUGGCCUGAUCGGCGCGGACAUGAGCGAUAAACGAGCGCUGGACUUGCAAUACGCCUGCAGCGGUUUCGCGCCGCCGCCACCGCGCAGCCAAUCCUUCACUUACAUGGGCAAGUUCUCCAUCGACCCUCAAUAUCCCGGCGCGAGCUGUUAUGCGGCCGACGGCAUCCUCAACUUGGUCAGCGCCGGCAUCCUGCAGGGAGUGGCCGCUCCCUCGACUGCAUCCACGGCCUCCGCUGCGCCGGUUCCAUCAUCCACCGCCUCCGCCGGAUCCCCCGCGGGACACGGAUGCGCCAUGGCGCUGGCCGCCGGGGACCUGGAGCAUCUCUACUCUCCGCAGCCGCCGCCACCGCCUUACUCCGCGUGCGGGGAGCUUUAUCAAGCCCAGGCACAGCAGCCGGCACCCUCCGACGGCUCCUCGCCCUUCCUGGCCGCCUCGACGGGCCCCUACCCGCCGCCACCUUCCUACCAUCCGUCCCCCAAGAGCGUAGGAUCGGUGGGAGCCGACCCCGCUGGUCUCUUCUCCAUGAUCCCGGAGUACGCGGGCUUCUUCCAGCCCCCGCCGCCGCCGCCGCCGCCGCCCCCUCCGUGCAGCCAGCGCGAGUUCCACGGCCCGCCCGAGCGCAAACCCUUUCCCUGCGCCCUGGACUCGGUGCGCGUCCCGCCGCCGCUCACGCCGCUCUCCACCAUCCGCAACUUCACGCUGGGAGCGGCCCCGAGCGGACUGAGCGAAGGGCCCUCCUCGGGGACGGCGGUCAGUGCUCGCCUGGCGCCGGGCGCCUACGGGGGGCCGGGCAGCCUGCCGCUACGCCCGAUCCUGAGACCGCGCAAAUACCCUAACAGGCCCAGCAAGACGCCGGUGCACGAGAGGCCGUACCCGUGCCCGGCCGAGGGCUGCGACCGGCGCUUCUCGCGCUCCGACGAACUGACCCGGCACAUCCGCAUCCACACGGGCCACAAGCCCUUCCAGUGCCGCAUCUGCAUGCGCAACUUCAGCCGCAGCGACCACCUCACCACCCACAUUCGCACCCACACCGGCGAGAAGCCCUUCGCCUGCGACUUCUGCGGCAGGAAGUUCGCCCGUAGCGACGAGCGCAAACGCCACACUAAGAUCCACCUGCGGCAAAAAGAGCGCAAGAUCGCCAGUGCCGCCGCCGCCGCCGGGGCCCCCCAGGCAACGCCCGGCCCCGGCGCAGCCGGUCUGCCUUCGUGCGGAGCUCGGACGCGGACGCCCUGAGGCUUCGGACAGCUGGUUCGCGCACCGGGGUGCUGCGCCUGGACCCGCGCUCCCCUCCCCCGGCAGGUAACCGCGGAAGCUGCCCCGGGGCUCGCGGGAGCGCUUAGGAAGCGCCGCCUGGGGAAGGGGGCUGUCUCCGGAGGAAGCGGAGAGAGGCAGCAGGCGACGGGCCAGCGGGACGGAGGGAAGACCGUGUGCACUUUAGAGGCCGGGAGCCGAAGUGGGAGCCGCAGGACUGGCGCAGCGCAAAGACGGGGAGCGGCCCGCGCAACUCUUCGUCGUCGGGAUGGCUGCGGAAAGCUUUUACUUGAAAAUCGGUGUCGGACAGAGAGAGACAGAGAGAGGGAGUGCAAUGGGGGGGUCUUGGCGAGACAACAGGCAAUAUUUAUUCCUCUGCGGGUGGGGUGGGAAAGUCCUUUUUAAAAAAUAAUUCCUCCCUCCCCCACUCCGCAACAAUUAUUUCCCCUUGGCUAUAUUUUCCUGCGCGUUCUUGAAAACAUAAUUAAUAGCAAAUUGGGGGGGGGGAAAGGUGGCCCGUUUUCCAAGCCCGCUAAGCAGAGAGAACUGCGGGUCUGUAACUUUCCUGAACUCUUAUUGGUGCCUUUUUAAAUAUGUGGACCCUGACUGCAUGUUAAAUUGGUUGCCUUAUUAAUCCUGGGGGGGGGGGAGAGGAAUGUCAGGUUUUAAUCAUGAACAGAGUGCGGGUCUGACCUGGCUGUUAAAAUAAGAGUUGCAUAGUUUUAUCUCUUAAUAUUCGGGUUUUUAUAUAUUAAAAAAGUCUAUUUUUGUAUGGACAGGAGAUUGCCCCCCUCAAACUGACAUUAAAUGUUGCUUCUGUGGAAUAUAAUUAAAAAGAAUGGUAUAAUAUAAAUAAUUUUUCAGGCUUGGCAAGAAUGUCUGAGUCCUGGACAAGGGUUGAAAAAGAAAAGAUUUCAUCUAAGAAGACACAAUUGCUAACUCUUCCCUCCCUCCCUCCCUCCCUCUCCCCCCCAAAAUAAAUAAGUAUUGU